GCCGGUGAGAGCUGUGCUGCCUGCAAUGCCGGUGAGAGCUGUUCUGCCCGUUGCCCUGCUCCUCCUCGCGUUGCCGCGUCCCCCCGUGAGGGCCUGCCCGGCUUCCUGCCGCUGCCUGGAUGAUGCAGACAGAGUUCACUGCGAGGCCAAGAGCUUAACACGAGUUCCUCACUCCAUCCCUUUCAACACCAGAAGGUUGUUCCUGGAAUCCAACAAGAUAGCUGAAGUCACCAGUGGUGAUUUCGUAGGGUUGGGAAGCCUGACGCAACUGUACUUCACCGCUAACCACAUCACGCGGAUCGCGUACGGCGCCUUCAGCACUCUGUCUCGCCUGACGUAUCUUGACGUGAAGCACAACCGCAUGUCCGCCAUCCGCUCCGGCAUGUUUGUCGGCCUGACGUCGCUGAAGCGGCUGAUUCUGUCGUCCAACACGAUCCGCAACAUUGACGAUGGCGCCUUCAACGAUCUCACCAGCAUCGAGAACCUGGAUCUCUCCUAUAACGCCAUGUCCGUGGUGAACUCGGGCAUGUUCGUGGGGCUGCACAACCUGAAGAACUUGGACAUGAGCUUCAACAACAUCAGCAUCGUCAGGAGCAACACCUUCCGCCACCUGGUCAACCUGUCCUUCCUCAACCUCAACAACAACCGCCUCACCAACAUCAAGCCGAAGACUUUCGUCGGGUUGGAGGUUCUUGAUAACCUUCGCUUAGAGCAGAACAGGAUUGUCAAGAUCACAAACGGGGCUUUCCGGCCGCUGGAGAAGCUGUCGACGCUUAGCCUGCGGAGCAAUCGCCUAAAGACCGUCACAAGCGGCAUGCUGGACGGUCUGGAGAACUUAAACCAGCUGGAACUCUUCAUCAACAGGAUCAGCAGAGUUGAGGACGGCGCGUUCGGCCAUCUUGUGAACCUGCGGAUCCUGUGGUUGGACUGGAACAAGAUGAGCGAGGUCUCACCUCUGACCUUUUCUGGGCUGACCAAGCUGGACUCCCUGACUCUGAACAACAACAACCUGUCCCGGAUCCGCGCAGGCGUGUUUGACGCCCUCCCCAGCCUGACGAAAGUCCGCCUGACCUCCAACCCGUGGAACUGCAACUGCGGCCUUGUGGAGCUGUGGAACUGGAUGAAGGAUACAAACAUCACCUACAAGACGCCGAGAUGCGCCUCUCCCCCGGCCCUUAAAGACGUUCCCAUCGCGAACGUGAGUCUGGCGGAGUUCGACUGUGUGCCUACAGAGGCGCCUGACGUCACGACCCUCCCCACCGACUGGCACGGCGGGAACUCCACGUCCUCCGCACCGGGCGGGUUAGCCGCGCUGGGGGCGGGCAGAUGGGGGCUGGUGGGCCUGGUGGUCGUGUGGGCUGGGACUUUUAUUCCCUCACUCUAGAAACAUGUGCAGCACUGGAAUUCUAUACUUCUCGUGCAUUUCAAUAAACCCUGACUAUGAGAAUGGAGGAGACGCAGAGGGAGGCCAUGCACCAGGUGGAGAGACAACCUGCAGAAACACCUAGGUCCCACCUGGCCACAGACUGCGAGAUGCAAAAGAGUCUGGAGUAGUUCAAGGGAGGGGUUCCUCAGAGAGAGUGACAAUGUUCUGCCAUGAGAGGAAGAGACUAUAGCUAUAAAUCCCGUACUAUCUUACGUUUUCAGCUUUACAAAGAAGCAAGAAGAAUCGGAAUCCGCUAAACUACGACACUCCGUCGAUUUGAAGGACGGGCCUUUUUUGUUGAAGAUGUUCAUCAGGUUACGUAUGAAAACAAUUACUCCAAAUUUUUUUCAAGCAAUGACUGUUUUUUAGUCUCUUACUUUGUAUCUUAACUGUUCUUGUGCAUUGAAAAUGAUUUUUAUGUAACAGAUACAAAUUCGCCCUUGUACGUCUGCUGUACUGAUUUUUUAUCAAGACAGUCGUCUACUAUAUUAGUAGUCUCUACAACGUAACGGGUGCAAAUAACUGACAACCAAACAUGAUAGUUUAAACACCAACUGUCGCACGCAUCAGAUAUAUACGGCAUCGCAGACAGUGCAGACGCUGAGGUAAAUAAAGAUGAUUUAUUGAUUAAGAUUGUUGGUUGGUUGGUUGGUUGGCUGGUUGGCUGAUUGGUUGGUUGGUUGGUUGGUUGGUUGGUUGGUUGGUUGGUUGGUUCGCUGGCUUUAGCUUCGCACAUUCUGUGUGGUACAUUGUAGGUAAUAAGUCAAAGUAAAAUACCUCAUUGUCUGUUCUCAUCAAGACUACAAAUACCACCGUACACGAAGACAUCUUAUCUGUGAAUUCAUCGACAGUUUCACAAACGUUUCUCCUGAUUCCUUCUGACGCCCAACCAGACUUUAUAACCCCUAAUCUACUGCGGAGAUCUCAUCUUUCAUCUCCGCCAUUUGUCACCAGUACAUAAAGCCGUCAGCUGAGGCCUAUAACCUGGAACUGAUUACCAUUGAUCGUACAAGAACAUCGCGGACGGGUACAGAGGUUAAGUGUACCCGUAGACUAAUAGUGGACGUGCCGACUGAUUAGUAUCUAAUACCAGCUCAAAAAUGAACUAGAAACAGUCAUGCUUUCAAGUACCAUAGUUACCAACCUAGGAUUGAUGUGUUCAAAA